AUGGAGGACCACCAGCGGGAUGCGGAAUUCGCCCGCAUCCUCCAUGGCAAGUCUGCUGAGGCUGCUGGAGGUCUCGCUGCCAUGCGCAAUAAGGACGCCAAAGCUCAGAAGGCCGCUGUCGACGAGUAUUUCAAGCAUUGGGACAACAAGCCCGCCGAGACUGAGACGGAAGAGAUCCGUGAGGCUCGACGAGCGGAAUAUGCCACCUUGACUCGACACUACUACAACCUCGCAACCGAUCUCUACGAGUAUGGAUGGGGCUCGUCUUUCCACUUCUGUCGCUUCGAACCGGGUGAGCCCUUCCACCAGGCCAUCGCCCGCCAUGAACACUACCUCGCCCACAUGAUGGGUCUCAGAGAAAACAUGAAGGUGCUGGAUGUUGGCUGUGGUGUCGGUGGACCUGCCCGCGAGAUCGUCAAGUUCGCUGGUGUCAACAUCGUUGGUCUCAACAACAACGACUACCAGAUCCAGCGUGCCACCCGCUAUGCCGAACGCGAGGGCCUGUCCCACAAGCUGUCCUUCACCAAGGGCGACUUCAUGCAGAUGCACUUCCCCGACAACACUUUCGACGCCGUCUACGCCAUCGAGGCCACCGUCCACGCCCCCAGCCUCGAAGGUGUCUACAGUGAGAUUUUCCGCGUGCUGAAGCCCGGUGGUGUCUUUGGUGUCUACGAGUGGCUUAUGACCGACGACUACGACAACGACAACCCCGAGCACCGCAGGAUCCGACUGGGUAUCGAGCAGGGUAAUGGUAUUUCCAACAUGGUCAAGAUCUCCGAGGCUCUUCGUGCCAUCAAGGCCGCCGGCUUCGAGCUCAUCCACAACGAGGAUCUGGCGCAGCGUCCCGACAAGAUCCCGUGGUACUACCCGCUGGCCGGCUCCUUCAAGCACAUGACUUCGAUCUGGGAUUUCCUGACUAUCGCUCGCAUGACCUGGUGGGGUCGUGGAAUCGCCCACCGCUUCGUUGGCGCGAUGGAAAGACUUGGUCUCUUCCCCCAGGGAGCGCGGAAGACAGCCGACACUCUCGCCAUUGCGGCAGACAGCCUGGUUGCUGGCGCAGAGAAGAACCUCUUUACUCCUAUGUACUUGAUGGUUGCACGAAAGCCGCAGUAA